ACUAAGGAAGGAGUGUACAUCUUGGAUAUGGCAGCCAAAAUUGAUGCUACUGCAGACUAUAUCUGCAAGCCCAAGUGGGGUGAUGUGGAGUUUCCUCCUCCAUUUGGCAGAGAAGCUUAUCCUGAGGAAGCAUACAUAGCAGAUCUUGAUGCUAAGAGUGGCGCCAGUCUGAAACUCACCCUGCUGAAUCCCAGAGGACGCAUCUGGACCAUGGUGGCCGGCGGCGGUGCAUCAGUGGUGUACAGGUUGUGCUACCAACAUCUUGGCCCUCAGUUAGAUAUUAGAUAAACCAAGGGCAUAAAUAUGGGUAUGGAUCAGCUGUGGCUCGUCUGUAGAGCCAACUGGGGCAAAGGCUUGCCAAAA